UAUAUUAAAAAUAAAGAAGGCAUAUUUGGAAGGGGGGUUUUUAGGAGGUUUAAGCAAAAGCAAGAAGCCAUGGGAGGCGUUUCCUCAUCAAUCCCUAGCGAACAACAACAACAACAACAACAAACUCACACCAACGUUGACUCGUCUCCCAACUCACCGAUUCCCUCCGAUUCUAACUCACCAAACCCUAACAUGUCCGAUUCCGAUUCCAAAACCCCCAAAACCCUAGGCCAAGACAAAGAGAAAGAGAAAGCUCCGGAAGAUUCGAGUCAAUCGGCGAAGAAUUCUGAUAAAGUCGAAAACAAAGACGAAGAAGGAGGUGGAGACGAAGGAGACGAAGACGAAGAAGAAGAAGGAGAGUGUGGAUUUUGCUUGUUCAUGAAAGGCGGUGGGUGCAAGGACAGCUUCGUAGCUUGGGAGAAGUGCAUCGAAGAGGCGGAGAAGAGCAAAGAGGACAUUGUGGACAAGUGCGCCGAGAUCACCACCGCGUUGACUAGGUGUAUGGAAGCUCACGCCGAUUACUACGAGCCGAUAAUCCGAGCCGAGAAGAAGGCCAAGGAAGAAGUCCUCAAGGAAUUGGAGAACGAGAAAGAGAAAGAGAAAGUAGAAGUUGCUUCUAAUUGAUAUAAUUUGAUGAGGUUAGUUUGCUUUUUGAUUCUGUUUUAGAACUCAAAAUUUAGUAGUUAUUUUUUGGCUGCUAUUUUGUGCGGUAUGAGCCGCGGUGAUAAAAGUAUAAAAGACAUGAUUUUUCGGAGUUUUUUGUUCGGGAUAUGGAGGCCUGGUUAGAGGCAAUUAAGGAAAUCUUGAUAAAUGGGAAGUGUUUUUUUAGCCAA